UGGGUCUGCUGUUUGAAAUUCAUGGUUUCUUUUAUUUGUGCAUCUUUCAGUGAUGGUUCUAUAAUGUUCUGUUUGAGGGAACCAACCAUGAGGGUAUGUUUUUUCCACCUCACCUACAACGUUCAACACAUCCAGCUGGGAAGUCAUAUGCUGGCUAUUCUGAUUUUAACUCCCCAUUGACACCACUUGAGCACGAUGAAGAGGAUUUUAUGGUUCCUAUCUUUGUUCAGUUGGAAAUAGGUCAAGAUCAGAGAAAAAAUUCUAAUGGCAUUGAUAGGGAGGAUGAUGAGCCUGUGAGGGGCAUAGAAAAUGGGCAUUCUUCCAUCCUUAGUAGAGAUUCUUGUCUAGAAGAGCUGGGAAGUCCUAAUAACCCCACUUUUGAAAGUGGUUAUCACGAAGACAAUAGAUGUGAGUCAUUACAGAUAGCAAAAGGGGACAGAGAGGAUGAUGCCUCAGAGACUUCCAUGGUGGAUUCUAUACCAGGCUUGGAUAUGUCCCCUGAUGAUGUUGUGGGAAUUAUAGGUCAGAAGCAAUUUUGGAAAGCACGAAGAGCAAUAGUAAAUCAACAAAGAGUGUUUGCUGUUCAAGUAUUUGAGUUGCAUAGAUUGAUAAAGUGCUUUUUAGGAAAACCUCUAAAGGGCUCUUCUCCAAAGAAGCUUCCAAUCGAGAAUGUUGUUAAACCAUCUCCUCAUAUUGUGAAGCAUAAAGAUGAUUCCAGGAACCCAAAUCGUAAGAUGGAAUGCUUGGCUGAAAACGGUGUUAGAAAGACAUUUUGUUCUUCUGAGCAAAAUUUUAGUCAGCCUUCAAACUACAGACUAUUUUCAGAACAAGGUGUUAGUCCUUGGGGUUUCCAUCAAUCACCUGGGCACCAAUGGUUGGUUCUGGUAAUGUCCCCUUCUGAAGGACUAAUAUACAAGCCAUAUUAUCCCGGACACGGACUCCUGGGCCCGGUUUGCAGAGGUUGUGGGCAUCCGGGGUCAAAUCCUAUGAUGGGUAUCUCAGGCUCAUUACACCAAAACUCGUGUAAUGUGCCAACCCAGAAGAGUGGAGCAAUUUCAAACGACGUUAAGCAGCCUGCAUCUAGUGAGAGUGAGUUUUUAGGCAGUACAGCAAGUAGCUCCGGUGAGAGAGCUCAAGAAUUUGGUAGCAAAAGAAGAAAUGUGCUUACACUUUUCCCAACUUCUCCAAUACCAGUUGUGCACUUUGCAGAGGGAUCCGCAGAGCUCCAAGACACUUGCCAACCAACAAGAGUGAUUAAAGUCGUGCCUCGCAAUGCUAGAUCUGCCACUGAAUCUACAGCUCGGAUUUUCCAGUCUAUACAAGAAGAAAGAAAACAGUGCGACUCAUUUUAAUUUGAUUCAGUUUACCUGUGUCUGAAGAUUAUCUUUCAGUUUUUGUUGUAUUAAUUUGAUUUUUAGGCUUGGGUCCUGUGUGAGUAAUUUUCUGACCACACUGUCCGUUUAGUAAUCAGCUAGAGAGCACUGGCAGAAUA